GCGGCUGUAAAACAGUUUGAGCAGAAAGAAGCAGCGGAACAAAGAAUCAGAGGAUUUAAGGAGAAGCAGUGACUCUGCUGCUGCUGCUGCUGCUGCUGCACCUGGACCCGGACCCGGACCUGGACCCGCAUCCGGACCUGGACCCGCACCGGCACCGGCACCCGGACUGACAGCAUGCGGACUUCUUCUCUGCUCUGCUGCGUCUUUACGCUCCAAAGUCUCCAAACUGCGCUCAGUCUCCCGGUCCAGAGCGGCUGGUCCAGGCCGGCCACGGUCUCUGAGAAGUUCCCAAACCUGAAGAAGCGAGGGAAGGUUCCCCACACUCCCCCUGCAGUCAAGGAGCCGGGUUUCUCAGCGAACUCCUCCAACACAUGGAGCCGCCCCCGCUGUGGGGUCCCGGACCCCCCCCAGCAGGGGCAGCUGCACUACCCCGGCCGGCCCCGCCAGAGACGCUUCGUCCUGCACGGAGGACGCCUGGACAAGACCGACCUCACCUACAGGAUCGUACGCUUCCCCUGGCAGAUCGGAGAGGAGAAGGUCCGGCGCGUCUUCCGAGAGGCGCUGAAGAUCUGGAGCGACGUCACGCCGCUCACCUUCACCGAGAUCCACAGCGGCAAGGCGGACAUCCGCAUCGACUUCACCAGGUACUGGCAUGGAGACAACCUGCCGUUCGACGGGCCCGGUGGGAUCCUGGCUCACGCCUUCUUCCCUAAAACACACCGGCAGGGCGACGUCCACUUUGACUACGACGAGUCCUGGACCCUGGGAAACCACAUGGGUACAGAUCUUCUCCAGGUCGCCGCCCAUGAGUUCGGGCACGUCCUGGGCCUGCAGCACUCCCGGGAGCCCGGAGCCAUCAUGUCGGCCUACUACUCCUUCUCCUACCCGCUGAGGCUGAGCCGGGAUGACAUCCAGGGCAUCCAGUACCUGUACGGCGCCCAGCCCCAGGUCCAGUCCUCAGCUCCAGACCCUCCGCCGGUCCCCGUCAACCCCGAGACCAACGAGAUCGUCACCAGCCCGGACGCCUGCCAGACGGAUUUUGACGCCGUGUCGAUGAUCCGAGGGGAGCUCUUCUUCUUCAAGUCGGGUUUUGUCUGGAGGAUCCGGGACGGCCGGCUGGAGAGCGGCUACCCGGCGCUGGCGUCCCGCCACUGGAAGGGGAUUCCCGACAACAUCGAGGCCGCCUUUGAAGACAAGUCUGGAAACAUUUGGUUCUUUCAAGGAGAGGACUACUGGGUGUUUGACGCGGAGAUGCGGAUCCGGGGCCCGGAGUCCAUCAGGGGACUGGGUCUGUCCGUGUCUGGGAUCCAGGCCGCCAUGCGCUGGGGCCACGACUCCAGCUACAACACCUACUUCUUCACGUCGGGGAGCUACUGGAGGUUCAGCCCCCGGGAGAACAAGGUGGAGUCUGUUUACCCACAUAGCAUGCAGGACUGGAACGGCAUCCCCAACGACGUGGACGCCGCCUUCAGGGACGUCUAUGGUUACGCUCACUUCAUCCGAGGACGGCAGUACUGGAAGUUCGACCCGGUGGGCAGGAACUCUCUGGAGGGCUACCCUCGCCACGUGGGCGUGGACUUCUUCGGCUGCAGGAGCGUGUGAGCGGAUCCCGCAGAGCUCCGUCCCUCCAGCCUUCUUCUCAGGAAAAGCACGCCACGCUCCGCCAUCCGUCUGCUCUGGACCUAUUUAUUUUGCACACGUGGAGAGGGAGGCUCUGCUGGAUGGCGUGAACCGAACCGCUGUCCCCUCCCGUCUCUGAGCCCAGCAGUGAGACCCGGUCCGCAGACUGAAGCACUGUGGACGUCCUCACUCCUCUCACCAUCUGUUCUCUACCUUUAUCUCCUCUGAGGACGUUCUAGAGCCUUCGCUGAGUUGUGACAUCAAACUGAAACCUGCAUGUUUGUGCAUCUUCAUCCUGUAUCUUCAGCACUCUGCCAUUGUGUUUUCCUCCUGGGGUUCCUCACGGGGGGUUCCACCUGGGGUCCAAACUCAACAUGAAGUCUUUGGUGUCAGAUCUGAGCCUAUCACCGUUGCUGAUGAUGAUGAUGAUGAUGAUGAUCCUGUGUUUGUUUAGAUGAGGUUCCAGUGAGAACGUUCCUCCUGUAGCUAGCUGCUCAGCGAUAUCUAGAGUGGAGCGUCCCCCCUGCAGGCUUUAACUCCUGCUGGUGCUGAAUCACCUGCGACAAGACCGAGAACAUGGUGCUCUAUGAGGUUCUGUCAGGUCACUUCAUGUGUCAUGCUUUGUCAUGUUCUAUCCUGUCAUGUUCCGUCAUCUUCUGUCCUGUCCCGUCACGUUCUCUCACGUUCCAUCAUGUUCCGUCAUAUUUUUUCAUGUCCUGUCAUCUUUUAUGUUCCAUCAUGUUCCUUAAUGUUCUGUCAUCUUCUGUCCCGUCUCCUCCCGUCCCGUCCCGUCCCAUCCCGUCCCAUCUCGUCUCCUCCCGUCCCGUCCUGUCCCGCCCCGUCCCGUCCCAUCCCGUCCCCUGCUGAGCCUUUCAGGGACUGCCGCUGCUGCAGGGCUGCUGGCAGCAGCUCCUGCUCAGCCUCUGCUCUGCGUUGUGUUUCUCUAUCAGGAAUAUUCAGAUUUUACUUGAGUAUUUAGAUUUUUUUUUCUACAGCUAUGUCAGGCAUAACUUAUUUUUUCACUCCAAAAUGUUGAACCAACCAACGCUACUUCAGAAAGAGUCUUUCUACACAGUUAAACCUGCUUCUGACGCCAGAGCCGUUUCACUCAGCAUCUUAUUUAAAUCAUAUCACACUUGAUAUAACAGCAAGUCAACAAACCACACAAACACCAGCUCAUCUCCCUGGAGCGCCUGUGAAGUGUGUCAGCAUGAACCAUGAAGUGUGUGUGUGUGUGUUUUCAGUGCAGGACACUGAUGCGUGGCAGCAUCCACCCUUCUCUCAGUCUGUUUCUCUUGUUUUAGUUACUUUAAGUGUUUUUGAUUACUGAACUCAAACAUAUUGAAACACAAACGCGUUUUAAUCGAGUGUAGUCUGUAUCCUGUGCAUUUAACAUGACAAACUGUGUAUUAUUCUCACUUUUUGUAAGUUACGUAUAAUAAAUUGCUAACAUUUG